AUGGACGCCGCCGAAGGCCAAGGACGGGUCAGCCCACGCAUCCCACCUGUGGGCGAUCCCGCCAGCGACAACAUGGACGGCCGUAUGGACGUGACGCCCGCCUCCUUUGUCCCCGCCGCCGCACCAUCAUCCCACGAGGACGAGGACUUUAGGGAGAGCGAUCGCUGGCGGCUCCAUAGCGACACGUCUACGAUAUCUAGCAGGGUCACCACGCCUGAUCCCAUCGUGUCUAGCCCACCGCUGACCCCCUUUGCCUCGGCUGGCAGUCGGACGCCUCUCCCCGGCAGGACCUCCGAUGUCUUCUCUCCGCUUCCUCUCCUCCCCCCGGCUCUUCCUCCGCCUUCGCGGCGAGGUGCGGAAUGGGGCCGUGGAAGAGGCCGUGGCGGAGCAAGGGGAGUAAGUCGACUUGUGCCGAGGAGCCUGAGCGGCGCUGCCGGAUACCAUCACCCGAGCCCGGUUUUAUCUCGACAAGACCCAUCUCAACUUCCGUCGUCUCCUCGCAUUACCGGCAUGGCUCAGGCGUCACCGUCCUUUCCAUUGCUCUCCGGAAUGGGCAGUACCGAUGAUGGCCACAGAGCUCGACAUCGUGGUGUCCCUCCUCAUCCGCCGCCUCCGCCUCCACCACCACUCAACUCGCCUCCUCUAACAUCUUCAUCUUUCUUUUCUAGUCUUCCAACGACAAGCGGACCGGAUCUAAGCCUAGCUGACCAGACACUCCCAUCACCAUCUUCUCUAGUUUCACGAGCGUCACUCAGCACGCAACAUCUGGUCCAGUCUGCUUCCGGCUUUUCAGUCAGCAAUUACGUGCGGCCGCGACCCUCUCGAGGCAGACGGAACUCGGGACGGUCGGGUCGUCGCCGCAGCAAUAGCCCUGAAGAUGAAGCACUGACUUUCACAUUGACUAGACCUGGAGAUGACGAGACAUGGAGCUCUUCGUCCUCUUCUUCCUCAUCCAAUGAAGACCCAAUCGCCUACCGUAAUGCUCGGCAAUUUCCGCCACAGCUGCCGGCUGGUCGGUCCUUUGGUUCGUUAGGCCGGCAGAGCAGAUCGUCAGCAGCCAACCAAAUCACAGCAUGGGUAUCGCAAUACGAAAAGUCAAGGAGUCCAACGAGAUCUCGAUCGAGAUUAGGUGACAUUUCUGCAGUUCUGCAUCCUACCGACACGGAGUCCCACCUGGAGGGCUCCGUGCAAUCCAACGACUCAUCGCACGGCGAAAUAGAGACGCUAUGGCAGCAACUGAAAGAAAAGCGGGCUAAGCUGAGCGGCACGCGGGCCGAGAUGCGGUCGAGGAGAAAAGAGCUACGGGAAAAGAGACGCGAGAAGGAUGCCGCCGACAACACGUUCAUGAGUGUCGUCAGGCCUGUGCUGAUCAGUCAAGGAGAGCCGUUCCAAGCCCCUACAGAGCUGUUGCAGUUGCGCCUCGAGAAAAUGCAGCAGCUGAGAGAUGAUUAUCAAGUUUUGGAGUCCAACUAUGAGGCUCUGGAGGCCAUGCUGGACGAAGAAGAACGUGACCUGAGCAUCCUUGAGACUCGCUUCUUUAGCAUCCUGGCGGCUGAGCAAACCAAAGAGGAGCGCCAGCCAGACGUUUUCAGCGAUUCUGGCGCUGCCAGAUUCAACAUUGACCAGGCAGAGAUACCGUACGAGCUCAGGGGCAUUUCUCCGUUCGGCCCUGCUGAAGAUCCCCAUCCGCUGUAUGUCGACUUGACAUCAGCGGUGGGCUACCUAGGGAACGCCCGCGACGAAUAUGCAGACCUGCUCUCUACUCGAGAACAAUACGAGGAAGAACAGCAGUUGAAGAAGACCACCAACCAGAAGGCCUCGGACGAAUCGGACAUGAAGGAGUUCUUUGACGAGUUUCCGUCCGAAGAGCUACGGAUGCAUGGCGUGGUGGUCAGCCUAGAAGCUCGGGUCGAUCAACUCCGGAAGAUGUGCGAGGAGAAGGGAGUCAUGAAGAAGCACAUGUCCAUCAAGAUGGAAUAUGCGCUAAAUCCGCAGGUCAAAUACGAGGAUCUGGAUCUGGACGACGAGCAUACGAUUCUGAGCAGCCGCAAGACACUGGGCCAUGCCGAGUUCAACGAAUUACUUUCCCAGCCAGACCAUGUGCUAGCUGAUGAGCCGCUCACCCCGCUGGGUGCGCUCAAAGCAGCCAUUCGACUCCCGAACCACCAUCCAGACAAGGGUGUGAGGAAGAGACUGGCUUCCAAGGAGUAUGCCAUUGACAACCUCAUGCGGGACUGCGACGGUGGGAAGAAGGCUGAUUAUGUGAAUCGAUGGCUUCUUCACCAGCUGCGGCUGUCUCCCCUCAACGCUGUGCUGCUGCGAUCCACCUUCCAGGCCAGCCGGUCUUUGAAGAUUCGAGAUAUGUGGCGCUGGCAAUGCGAUGUGAUGCAUUACUGGUGGCGCGACAGCACCAUGUCGCUGACGGAUGGCUUCUUCAAGCCCAUCACCAGCGACAAUUCGGACUAUUCCUCUCGCCAAGGAUCGCUGCUGCAGCUCUCGCGGGCAGCAUCCGACGGCGGUCCCCGGCACAUCUAUCAAAAACAUGAGCCCGUGGACAAUAGCGAUGCCAUGACCGAAUAUGGCUGA